AUAUAUAUAUAUUCUCUGUAUAAUUUAUCAAGGAAAGCAAGGCGGGUACGGGUAGGGUUUUGUGGCGAGGGAGGGUUUAGAAAUUAGGUCGAAGGGAAGAGAAGCAUGGAGAAGCCAAAUAAGAAGCGGGUGCUCCUGUUCCACUGCGUGGAGGCGGAAGAGCUUGCUCGCAAAGUCGCUUCUCAAUCCGACCUCAUUCAGCUCCAAUCUAUCAACUGGAGGAGCUUUGAUGAUGGAUUUCCAAACCUUUUCAUAAACAAUGCACAAGAUAUCCGAGGCCAGCACGUAGCCUUUCUAGCAUCUUUCAGCUCCCCUGGAGUCAUCUUUGAACAGCUUUCUGUCAUAUUCGCGCUUCCACGGCUUUUUGUUGCUUCUUUCACAUUGGUAUUACCUUUUUUUCCAACCGGUUCCUUUGAAAGAAUGGAAGAGGAAGGGGAUGUGGCAACUGCAUUUACAAUGGCAAGAAUUCUGUCAAAUAUUCCCAUAUCAAGGGGUGGUCCAACUAGUUUAGUCAUCUAUGACAUACAUGCCUUGCAGGAAAGAUUUUAUUUUGGGGACCAUGUUUUGCCUUGUUUCGAAACUGGGAUUCCUCUGUUGAAGCAACGUCUUCACCAGCUACCUGAUGCUGAUAAAAUUGUUGUUGCAUUUCCUGACGAUGGAGCUUGGAAGCGAUUCCACAAGCAAUUAGAUCAUUUUCCCACGGUGGUUUGCGCAAAGGUUCGUGAAGGUGAUAAGAGAAUAGUCCGUCUAAAAGAGGGUGAUCCUGCUGGUUGUCAUGUAGUCAUAGUUGAUGAUUUGGUGCAAUCCGGAGGUACCCUAAUUGAGUGCCAGAAAGUUUUGGCAGCUCAUGGUGCAGCCAAGGUGAGUGCUUAUGUGACUCAUGGUGUGUUUCCUAAGCGCUCAUGGGAGAGGUUUGUUCACAAGAAUGAUGGAGCCUUAGAGAAGGCAUUUUCCUACUUCUGGAUCACGGACUCAUGCCCUCUUACUGUAAAAGCCAUUGCAGAUAAAGCUCCUUUUGAAGUUUUGAGUCUUGCGGGAUCAAUUGCUGAUGCUCUUCAAAUAUAAAGUGUUUCGUUGAGGUUUUAGUUAUAGUGAGAAGGAAUGCAUAUGACAGCCUUGGUGUGGAGAGGCAAGUUUGCUAUAUUUUGGUUGGAAAUUUAUAAUUCAAAAAGCCUUCUUCCCUGGUUGAUCUAUAAAAAGAACUAAAUAUGGGGUUCGCUAUGAGUUGGUGAUUUUCUAUUUGUAUUAAAAUACUACUAUUCCAGCGUUGCAUUUCCAUGACAUUCAUUUUCAAAGCUUUUGUCCUUCCACCACAAGGAGGACGUCUCCAAUUAAAACAUCAUCUCAUACGCAUUAAGAAAUUCGUGCCAUUUAAUCUUAUUUUUGAACUCAAAUAAACUCUGAUGGAAAUUCACUUUGAGCCAAGUUGUUUGGUA